ACAUCCAUGGUUGGUCAGUCCGUCUGAUUCCACUACCCGAACCUGAUGAUCAAGUCUAAGAUUCAGCGUGCCAUACGCGGCUCGUGCGUUUAAGCUCGCGUCGUGGUACAAACUCGUAUCUCUUUUGCGGACAUGUCUCCCGUCUACGUCCACUAGCGAUCGCAUGAGCCAUUAGGCACUCGAUCAGUUGUAGCUUCUUAGCGUGUACUGGGAGAGGCUUAGAAGAUUCUCAGUCAUACGGCUAACGCAACGAGACGAGGCGCUUAGAUAUAAAGGAACCUCCUUGGAAACAUGCUGAGCAAUGCGUUUUCAUCGAAAGAGGCUGUAAGGAGGAAUCGAAUCUCUUGAUCAGGAGCCGUUCAGAUCCAAGGAGUUGGUUUGACAGCGCCAGUGCCUUACUGUUUUACAUAUUCCUUUUUCAGACGUAAAGGAAGUACAAAUUCCUUUCGCUCGCUGUUUUUUCACAGUCAGUCUUGCACGGACUCUUCGCUGUACUCUGCCGCGUCGUGCUUCUUAGAGUCGCGUUUGCCUGUUAGCUGUGCCUGGCCGCGUCGCCGUCGCAUGUGCGAUGCUGUCCGACGAGAGUUCCAUCGGCGAAGGCGUCGCACGGCUGAAUCGAUGGCACCUGGGUCCCGGCACAUCAAGGGUUCAGCAGCAGUCGCACGCGCCGCUGCACGCGUUCUACAUCCUCGGACGGUCGCUCCGCGUGCUGGCCGUGUUCGUGGCGUACCGCUUCCUGGUGGAGUCGGACGUGUCGGUGGUGCUCUUCUGCUUCUUCUCGCUCCUCGGCGCCGCGCUGCUCUUCUUCUUCCUCCAACGGCCCUGGAAGGGCAAACGCCUCACCAACACCCAGUGGGGCAUUUCGGUCAUGAAUGGAGGCGUGCUUGCGCUCGCUGUUGUCACGUGGGCGUACGGACUGAAGCAGUGCGGCCCUCUAAGGUCGGUGAUGGCGGAGUACUCUGGAGCGGUGGUUGCCACCAUUUCCACCAUGAUAUUUGGGCGGAGAGGACACCGCGUGCUCAAGCUGUACGGUGCGAUUGCAAUGCUGGCAGCGUUCUAUCUCCUUGCCUCGGGAAUACCGCUCGGUCCCACCCUUCCUCCAGACUUCCCUCCGUCCGCCAGCACCCUCCCCUUGGACAGCACCGCUGCCACAGCUACCGCCACAGGCGCCGACAGCAGCACUGGCAGCACAGGCAGCAGCAGCGCGGGUGUAGCAGGGGUAGCAGGGAGUGGAGCAGCAGCAGGGGAGGGAGGAGGGGGGUUGCUGCCGUGGCAGGUUGCAGGAAUGUCCGGGAUUGGGAUGGUGGAAGCAGCAGGGGGGAAUCCGCUGACUGCCAUGCUGCUGCCUGUGGCUGCUGGGGUUCUUUUUGCUCUGAGAAGGUUGCUCGCUCGACUUGGAAAGUCGCAGCAGAAGAAGCGCCUGCAUGCAGUCACAGCAGUGUCCUCCGUCUUCUUCCUUCUGCCUAUCGCCAUCUUCCAGCUCAGCGGGGGAGCCCAAGCCAUGGACUUAGAGGCAGGGGGUCGGCCAAUGCAGGUGUAUGCAGUGGUGAUACUGGCGGGGCUGGUGUUCUCCUUCUAUGUCGACACGCUGGCGGAAGACAAGCUGCGCAUCGGCCCCUCGUCUCUGAAGCACCUGCUCGUGACAUCUGUCGCUGUGGUGGUGCUGCUGCUCCUCUACCGCUUUCACUUCAGCCCGCUCUCCUUCGUCCUCGUUGGCCUGCUGCUUGCUGCUGGCCUGCAUUGGUCCACAGCCAUCGAGCGGUCCAAGUCAAUGGGGCCUCUGGCGGACGAUGGGGUAGCAGCCAAGGAGCGACGCAGAACUGCCGCUCUAGCAAUGUUGCAGCCCUGCCGCAUUGCACAUAGAUUCUUUCUCCUCAUCAACGCAGCGUUUAUGAUUGUCGAGUUCUCCGUGGGCUUCCUCUCCAACAGCCUGGGUCUCAUCUCGGAUGCGUGCCACAUGCUCUUUGACUGCGCUGCUCUCGCCAUCGGUCUCUACGCCUCCUACAUCUCUCGCCUUGACUCCCCUUCCAAGUUCGCCUACGGCUACGGCCGCUUUGAGGUGCUGUCAGGCUUUGUGAAUGCCGUCUUCCUCGUGCUCAUCGCAGCACUCAUCGUCUUUGAGUCCAUUGAAAGAAUCCUGGACCCGCCCGACAUAUCGACGGCCAACCUGCUGGCGGUGUCGGUGGGGGGGCUGGUGGUGAACAUGGUGGGGCUCGUGUUCUUCCAUGAGGCGCACCACCACGCGCAUGGGGGGUCCUGCUCGCACUCCCAUGCCCAUGACCACUCUCAUUCGCAUGCCCAUGACCACUCCCAUGACCACUCUCAUCAUGCCCAUGACCAUGCCCAUGACCAUGCCCAUGACCAUGCCCAUGACCAUGCCCAUGACCACGCCCGUGAGCACAAGCAUGAGCAUGCGGGGCCAUGCUCCCACAAGCACCAUGACCAUGACCAUCAUCAUGCGCAUCAACACAACCAUGACCAUGAGCAGCAUAGCCACCAGCACGACCAGCAUAAACCCCAUAAACACCAUGAUGACAUGCAUGGGUGCGACCAUAACCAUGAUGAUGACCAUCACGGUCACAAAGACUGCUCACAUGGGCGAGGGAAUAGCCAUCACCAUGCGCAUGGGAACGGGCAUGUGCAUGGGCAUGAGGGGGAGUGCGCCGCAGGGGAGGGGGGGUGGGAGCAAGAGAAGUGGGAAGAUGCCAGGAGCAGCAGCACUACUAGAUCAGUCUUACAGUCGCCAACCUCGUUCCCGUUAUCAUCACCUUCGGUAGUGUCACCAUCGCUACCAUCAUCAGGGGCAGAGAAACUUUUGGCUGUGCACAAGGCGAGGAGGAGAAUAGGGCAGGGAGAAGAAAACUUGCAGGCGCUGCCCGUGCGGCUGGAUUUUGAGGAGUGGGCAGGAGAAAGCAUUUCAGACGGGGAAGAGAAUGGGCAUAGACAUGAACAUGAGGAUGGGGAUGAGCAUGGGCCUGGGCAUGGGGAUAGACAUGGGCAUGGGCAUGAGCACCAUCAUCAUCAUUCGGAUGUGAAUGAGCUAGAGCAUGGGCACGAGCAUGAGCAUGGAGGCAUGCAUCAUGACGCAUCUUGCUCGUCACUGACCAUGGAUGUGCGCGAUGGGGGAGGGGAUGGGGAUGGCGGGGGGGCGUGUGUGCAAGAGGUGCUCACAUCCGGCAAUCCCCAUGUGGACCACAACAUGCAUGGCAUCUUCCUGCACGUGUUGGCGGACACACUGGGCAGUGUGGGGGUGGUGAUAUCGACCCUUCUCAUCAAGUACAAGGGCUGGAUGCUCACAGACCCGGCCUGCUCCAUAUUCAUAUCGGCUCUCAUCAUCACCACCGUCAUCCCUCUGCUGCAAAACUCUGCCGAAAUCAUUCUCCAAAGAGUGCCCCGGGCAGCUGAGCAGCAGAUCUCAGCUGCCUUGAAAAAGGUUGAGUCGAUGGCAGGAGUGGUGGCAGUGCAGCAGAGGCACUUCUGGUCCUUCACUCCCAAGAUGCUAGUGGGCAGCAUCCACGUGCUCAUCUCAGGGGAUACUCUCAAACAUAGAGCUAAGGAGGCGGGUGCAUUGGCGCGGAAUGGAGAUGCUUAUAGCGAGUACGGGAGCAAGCAGCAGCGGCUGGAGGAGGUUCAGCAGCUGCGGCAGUCGCUGAGGCGGCGAGUCUCGGACGUGUUCCGAUCGGUCGGCAUCUCAAACUUGACUGUGCAGGUUGAAGAAACAUCGGCCCACCAUCGUCACCAUCGGCAGCAGCAGCACCACCCCCAUCACCACCAACAUUACCAUCCCCAUGGUGCACCGUUCCACACCCCCUCUCAGGCAUUCUCCCCUUCUGUUCCACAAUAAGCACCCAUCCAGCGCGCUUGCACAUCAACCACCGUGCAGGGCAUGGUUCUGCAAUGUGCUCGGGGGACUCGUAACACCAGGGAUCCCAGACCCAAGCUGGUACUAUUAUUGGUCCAAUGUCACGAAUGUUAGACGUGGCAACUUCAAGUCCAGCGUGCUGGCGAGUGCUGGGAAGGGAAAGCUUUGGCAUUUGUUCUGCCCUUCACUUCUCAACUGACUCUGUUUUGCACAACGCAGUUCCUGUCUCUGGUUGACAACUCGUCCCGAACCAACACAUGGCCACAACUCACGGCAACAGCAAUUUGGCUUAUCAUCAGCUACCUGUUCGCCUAGUGUCUGUCUGUGUUUCGAACUUGCCAUUCAA